CCUUUCAUGCAUUGUCUUUUGUCCCUUUUGUUCUAUAAAAACCUCCCUCUCCUCUUCCCAUUCAUCUAAACCCAAAUCAAGCACAAAACCCUAAAAUCUUGUUGAAUUUAAACAAAAAAAAAUAUAAAGUUUGAAUCUUUUUUGGAAGAUGAAGAUGGGAAGUCCAAGCAUGGGAGGAUCCAAGAGAAGGGUCUCGAGUAGAGGCCUUGGAGGCGUUCUUAGAGAGCAAAGGGCUAAACUUUACAUCAUUCGGAGAUGCGUCGUGAUGCUCCUUUGCUGGCACGAUUGAUAUUUUAUUAUUUUGAGUUUUAAUUAAGGUAUAUAGAAUAAUUUAUACUUCGGAUAUACGUAUACGUAUACGUAUAGGAGAAUUCGAGAAGAGUCUUGUGGAAAUGUGGUCUACAUCCGAAGAAGGUGAAGAAAUCGGUUUGUUAGUUAUCUUAGGCCUCUCCAAUGAUUUUUCUUCUUCUUCUUUUGAACCGACUUUUGAUGAUCCAUGUUUACAUAUAGUAGAGGGGCAAAAUUGUAAAUAUCGGAGGGGUUGAGAUGGCAAAAGUUUUGUAUUGGCGCUUGGCCAGUUCUUGGAAUGUAAAUGAAACAUAUAUUUUUUUUUAAUCUUUUUGUGAAAUUGUGAUGAUACUAUCAGUAAAGAUGCAAGUAUGACUC